AUCCUCAGCUUCUUCUUCCACAAUUCUGCGGCAAAUCACAACAUUCCUAGAAGAAGAUGGAUAUCCAAUUUCACGGAGGCUUCGAUUCCCCACUCUUCCACACUCUCCAAGCGCUAACUAACAUCAUCGACGGCGACGACUCGCACGGCGACAAAUCGCUCACCGCUCCGACGAGAACAUACGUCCGCGAUGCCAGAGCUAUGGCGGCGACUCCGGCGGAUGUCAAGGAGCAUCCGAAAUCGUACGAAUUUGUGGUGGAUAUGCCAGGACUGAAAUCCGCCGACAUCAAAGUGCAGGUGGAGGACGGCAACGUGCUUAUCAUCAGCGGCGUGCGGAAGAGGGAGGAAAAGGAAGGGAGCAAGUACGUGAGGAUGGAGCGGAGGAUGGGGAAGCUGAUGCGGAAAUUCGUGUUACCGGAGAAUGCGGACACUGAUAAGAUCUCUGCUGUUUGUCAGGACGGAGUGCUGACAGUGACGGUGGAGAAGGUGCCGCCGCCGGAGCCGAAGAAGCCGAAGACUAUUGAGGUUAAAAUUGCUUGAAUCUGCUAGUAUGUUAGUUGUAAUCCUCUGAUCUCAUGGUGAAUUUUAAUCGAUUUGGUUGUGUUUGCUUUGGUGUUGCUAUGAUUGGGAUCGGAGAUGAGAAGUUGCUUUAGUUUCUUUUUACUAUCGAUGCAGUUUAUGGUUUUCUACUAUCUGCUGUGGCAAAAUUUUUAGGUUAAUUAAAUAAUGAGAGUUGAGUUUA